AUGGAAGAGGCAGCAGCAGCAGCGGCAAAGACAGCAGCAGCAGCAGCAGCAGCAGCAAAGCAGCACAGAGAAGGUCGUUUCAGGGAUCGUGUUUGGGGGGGACCCGGAGCCAAGAUCGAGCGGGGAUCGAGUGGGGAUCGGCUGGGGAUCGGGAUCGGGAUCGGGAUCGCUUUGCUUACGCAGGAGCUGCAGCAAAAAGGGCAAAAAGAGCCCCGAGGAAAAGUUGG